AUGAUCAUCACCAAGGAAAACCGCAGGGCCAUCUACGAGUACCUCUUCAAGGAGGGUGUCCUCGUCGCCCCCAAGGACUUCAACCGACCCACCCACCCCGACAUCCCCUCCGUCCGAAACCUCGAGGUUGUCAAGGCCAUGCAGUCCCUCAACUCGAAGGGCUACGUCAAGACCCAGUUCUCUUGGCAGUGGUACUACUACACCCUCACCGAGGAGGGUCUCGCCUACCUCAGGGAGUUCUUGCACCUUCCUUCCGAGAUUGUGCCCAACACCCACGUCAAGCCCGUCACCAGGGCCCCCGCCAGGACCGGCGGCCAGAGGGAGGGCGGUGCCUACAGGGCCCCCCGAGGUGACAGGGAGUACAGGAGGAAGGACGAGGGUGGUGAGGAGCGACCCCGAUUCGGUGGUGUCGGCCGACCCUCCGCUUAA